GCCUGCCUGUCAGUACGGUGAAGAAAUGCAGUGUUUGCUGCAGCGGCGCGUUGGAGGUUUAUGAAAUCCUUGCGUGUAUUUCUUUUAAAGGUGGGGAAAUGGCCUCGCUCCAGAUGUGCAGGUUUAUUUGCCGGUUCGCCACCGUAAACGUGCGCUUUUAAAAGACAGCGAGUGGGCAAAACGCUCGCCAGCCGUCGCCAUCUAGAUAAAAACUGGGUUCGCGGACAGAAGAAAGAAGACAACAGGAUCUGGACACGUUUACACAAACCUAUGAGACUCUUAUCAGGUGAGAGAUGGAUAUGAGAGAGGUGUAUGUGGUGGCUGGCAGCUUCGUGGGUUUCCAACUUUUCUUCUCCUGCGUCAGUCCCGUUCUGUCUUCCAACUUCACGCAGGGUUAUGGGAAACUUCCACCAAACAAACUCAACGACUGGAACUCCAGAUUGGUGUCCACUGUCCAUGCAUUAAUUGUGGGACUGUUCUGUCUCUACAUCCUUUGGUAUGACGAUGCCGUUAAUGAAGACCCCGUUUGGGGUGAUCCUAACCUGGUAAAGCUCAACGUGGCCAUCACUUGUGGAUACUUGUUCUAUGACCUGUUGCUUCUUGCUUGUAACUGGAGUACGAUGGGAGAUGUGUUUUUUGUCUGUCACCACUUGGCGGCGCUGUAUGCUUAUGGAUAUGUGCUGACACGUGGAGUGCUUCCCUAUUUUGCGAACUUCCGACUGAUUUCAGAAUUGUCAACGCCAUUUGUGAAUCAAAGGUGGUUUUUCGAAGCGUUAGCCUAUCCUCGCACUCACCAGCUGGUUGUCGCCAAUGGCAUUGCGAUGGCGGUCGUGUUCUUCCUUGUGCGGAUUGCAGUGAUGCCGCCCUACUGGGCCAAAGUGUUUGGCAUCAUAAAUUCGCCAACGUUCGAAAGGCUUGGUCUCGCGAUUCAGGUGGCCUGGAUCAUAUCCUGCGUUUGUUUGGAUAUCCUAAAUAUAAUCUGGAUGUACAAAAUUGCUCGCGGCUGCUACAAGGUCAUAACCGGCAAGCUAAAAGGGCGCAAAGCGGACUCCAAAAAAACCACUUGCGUGAACAACCACACAGACUGAGAAACACCGGCAAUAAAGACCCGUACUGAUUUAGAUUUAGACGUAUUCUCUUUUCAGAAUAUAGCAACUUCUCCUUUCCAUUGUGCUCUGGAUGGAGGUUUGGAGGAUCAUCCCGGUGUGGUUUUAACAUGUGCAGAAACUCUGACUUUUCACAUCUAUCAGUGAAAGUCGAGCUGAUUAACGAACCCGUUAUGCCUCAAACACAACCAAAGUGCCUCCAAGCACAAAGCGAAGCAAUAGAACAUCGGUAUAUGAGCUUGCGACCACUGAAAGUCCAUCGCAUGUCCAUCGCAAAAAAAGCCUUAUGUAAACGCCGUCCAUUUGUUUUUCUCGAAACCAAUCGCUGUCGAUCCUUGGAGCCAGUGUUUCCUGUGAUAUUUACACUGAUGUGCCUCAGUGGUCUUGAAUAUCCGUGACUUUGCUCCACAACUGUUGGCAGAGCGGAGCUUCAUUCAGUCUUAUGUCAACACUACAUUGCCAGUCCGACCUGUUGAAAGGCUCCAUGAAAACAAAAUCUACCUCUCUCACCGUGUCAAGCACAAGCCGUACGGACUUCAGUGGAGGACAGUCAACGAGAUAUGAUCGCUUGCUGUUAUUUUCUAGUACUCUUAUGUUGCACGUCAGUCGUUUAUUUCUUGCAUUUCCUGAAGUCAAAGGUGGAGUUUGAGUAGUUUGUUCGGUCUUGUGUGCAUUAGAUUCCAAGAAGCUGCAUGGUUUGUUUCUCGAGUCCUUCGGUGCGUUCUUUUCUUGCAUGCAUUGCAAGUAGAUCAUUUAAGCAUCCUGGGUUUAAGACUUAAUGGCAACUGGUGCAAAUUCAACAUGGUCUUUUCCCUCUACUCUCUUCCUGCCAAAUCGAAGGGUUUUUUCAGCUGUCGCUUGAUUCUCUCGAAUGCGAGUUUCAGCUUGUAUUUAUGUGGGCAUUUAAACCCAUGUUGCAUUGUGCUGUGGUGUUACGAUAACAGUAUAUACAUAUAUAGAUAUAUAUAUGCAUAAAAAAAUAACCAUAUGCAGUACUUAUUCCUGCCAAGAGUAAAUCCCUCUUUAUUCAGAGCUAGCGUUUCUCUUCUGAACUUCAGGUACUUCUCCAAAAUGAAUGUUCUGACUUCUUUAAAUGGGUAAUUCUGGCAGAGAAUGGGAAAGGAUUGUGGGAAAUGUAGUUUUCUGCCUUAUGUCCGUGAUUCGAAAUAACCAAAUCAUCCUCCAGGCCUUGAAAUAUAAGAAGCUGUGACGACAGAAAUAAACUCCAGUGACGUUUUUGCUGGAGAAGAAAAGCGUCUGGUCGUAAUUAUAUGUACUUGUAAUGUCUGAAAUGAGCUGUAAUCUUAUUGUUUAUGGAAGGAGGCUUUAUGGUACAGCAUCCACACAACUAGUGCACAAUCAGACGCCUUUGCGGCGUUUAUAUUGUAAUGUUUCUCAGUAGACAAUAUGCUAAUCCAAGCCUAUUGCGUUUUAAAGGGCUUAUCGAAAUCAAAAGGAAGCGCAACGAAUUUGAUACUCAAAAUACCGCAUUCGAUUAAUUGAUGAUUGAUAUUCUUGAUUGUUUUCUGUAGAACAGUCACAAAAAAAUGUGCCUGUUGCUGUAUAUGCAACAAGGUUUGCAUGUAUGAAAUAAACAGUAUAGUCUGUACUAGCUUGUAGAGUUAGCGUAACACUCAUUUUAUACUGCACUCUAGAUAAACUUAGUAAACGUGAUUGCUCAUAUCAAACGUGCUAGUUAUUUUGUUUACAAAAACCUUUUUUUUUAUGAUCUAUGCUGCACUUGCUUGCUCGCGUCUGGUUUGAUCCUCACGUUGAGCAAAUAUUGAGACGAAAAGUGUUUUUCAUGAUCACAAUGAGCCCUAAAUAAUUUCAGUGUUUCAAACUCGUGUGAUUUUAGUCACUAUCAAUGAAAUCUUACGAAUUUAUUCAGACUUUUCUAAAUUUCUUACAUUUUUUCUGUUAUAAUAUAUUGGAGGAAGAAGAUUAUCAUCAACAAGGAGCAAUAAUCUAUACGAGGGUUUCUUUUUUUUUUUCGUUAUUUGCGCUUUUGCUGUCGGCCAUUUGAACAAACAACCUGGAACAUAAAGGAACGAUUUAUUUUGUGCAAUUUGGUGACUAGCCCAAUGCCAGUAUUGAAAAUCUCUCUAUGUGUGUAAAUACCGUCAGUCUUGAAGUAGAAGGAGCUUGUAAGAAGUGAUUGUAUGGGUACUAAAACGAGCACAGAAGUCUGUUGGGUUAUUGUAGAUGAUUUUAUCUUGUUUUAAUACAUCACUUUAUUGUGGAUCCAAUCAUCUCUGGAUAUUUUAAUGUGAAAUUCGACGCUCAGCUGAGUCUUAAGAGCCUCUGAUGGGUGACUUUAAUGACCACUAAUAAUAUUGUCCACGUAGCAGUCAAAACUUGAGAAAUUGAUGAUUUGUUCAUUAAUAAAUAUGGGAUUAUAAGA